AUGUCGACCCAAGUACCCGAAAAAUCAGAAGCACAAGGAGGAAAAGGAGGCAACCAAUGGGACGAUGGAACUGAACACGAAGGUGUGACUAAGAUAGACAUUGCAGCUGGUGGUCAAGGAAUUCAGCAAAUCAAGUUUGGUUAUGUCAAAAAUGGAGAGACUAAAGAAGGACCUUUCCAUGGUGUCAAGGGUAGAAAUAUUGUUUCAACGAUUGUGAUUAACCAUCCGGAUGAGUAUCUCAUUUCGGUCGAGGGUUGGUACGACUCAUCCAAUAUCAUUCAAGGAAUCAAGUUUCAAACCAACAAAAACAUUUCUCAGUUCUUUGGAUACGAAUUUUCUGGAGAUGGUACACCAUUCUCACUUCAAGUUAAGGACAAGAAGAUCAUUAGCUUUCAUGGGUCCUCUAGUUCUCAUCUCAAUUCUCUUGGAGCUUAUUUUGCACCAAUCUCUUCUUCCACGGUGACUCCUCCCAAUAGUGUGACCAAGAUCUACAUUUCAACUGGAAAUGGAGGAAUUGAGCAAAUCAAGUUCGAGGAUGUCGAAAAUGGAGAGACAAAGGAAAUACCUUUCCAUGGUGUGAAGGGUAAAAAUCUCAUUUCAACGGUUGUGAUAAGCAAUCAUCCUGAUCAUGAGUUUCUCAUUUUCGUCGAGAGUUGGUAUGAUUCUUCCAAUGUCUUUCAAGGAAUUAAGUUUAAACCCGAGAAGAACAGUUCUGAUUUCUUUGGUUAUAAACUUUCUGAGGAUGAUGGUACACCAUUUUCUCUUCAAGUUAAGAAUAAGAAGAUCAUCGGUGUUCAUAGAUUCGCGAACUCGAAUCUCACUUCUCCAGGAACUUACUUUGUUCUAAACCGUUGCUCUUCUCCUAACAAAGUAGAAGCUCAAGGAGGAAAUGGUGGAACAACAUUCGACGAUGGUUCUUUCGAUCAUGUAAGAAAAGUUUACAUUGGUCAAGGAGAUUCCGGUGUAGCUUAUGUCAAAUUCGAAUACGAAAAAGAUGGGAACAUAGAGACUCGAGAGCAUGGUAAAAAGACUUUGUUAGGAACAGAGGAGUUUGAGGUCGAUCCAGAUGAUUACAUUACAUCAAUGGAGGUUUCACUCGACAAUGUAUUCGGUUUUAACAGCGAAAUCGUCACUGCUAUUGUCUUCAAGACCUUUAAGGGCAAAAUAUCACAGCCUUUUGGAAUGGUGACUGAGAACAAAUUCGACCUUAAAGACGGUAAUGGAGGGAAACUUGCCGGAUUCCAUGGAAAAGCUAGUGAUGUUCUUUAUGCUCUUGGUGCUUAUUUCACUCCAACAACAACAAUAACUACUUCGUCUAUUCCAUUGACUCCUUCUCAUGCUAAGGCUACAAGCAAAAGGCUCUCAAGUCAUCCUCGGCGAUGGUCGCGGAAAAAAACACUACUAGAUCCUGAAACGUUUGAGCUUGAUUAUCCAAGUGAAUACAUCACUUCAGUGGAAGGUUACUAUGACAAAGUUUUUGGAGUUGAAGCUGAAGUAGUGACGAGUCUUACGUUCAAGACUAACAAGAAAACGUCUCAACCAUUUGGAAUGAGUGGUGGUGAAUUUUUCGAACUUAAGGAGGAUGGUUACAAGAUCGUUGGAUUCCAUGGAAAAGCUGGUGAUUUAGUUCAUCAGAUUGGAGUUCAUGUUGUGCCCAUUUUCACCAAUCGCUUACUUGUUCUUUAG